CUCCAACCCAUUUCCCAGAACCUACACAAUUAGAACCCCAAAACUCCAAAAUGUUGUCUGCCUGCCAGUUAUGAAUAUUACUCAUUUCCAUGAAAAUAAUACUAUUACUAACGAAUAUGAUAGAUGAUUGAUUCUAUAAUCAUCAUCCAACUCAACAACUCUUUGACCCCACCCCAUAUUUUGAGCAAGGGGUUCAUUGGAUGAGUGUUUGUUCAAGUAUGUGUAUUGAUUCUGGACAAAUGAAUGAAGUGACUAGAACAAACAAGCUUCACUACCUUUCACCUCCGUAACCAGCACACCAUAUUUUGAGAUAGGAGUUCAUUAGAUCCAGUUUUUUCUUGAACAACGUGAUACGAAAGUAUUUAUAUUGAUUAAAUCGUCAAUUGAAUAAAGUGACUAGGGUAAACAAACUCCAUUACUAAUCUUGUUUCUUUAAUUCUCAACCAUGUUCCCCUUUCUCCACCUCUUGCUCUUUUUCUACUUAUCCUCCUCUUGUUAUGGACAAAGUUUAAAUUCUUCAACUUCAUGUCCUUUUGAUUUCGGUGCACUUCGCAAAGUCAUAGAUCAAAAUUCAAGACGACCAGCUUUGAACUCCACAGCACAGUGUCAGUACAUUCGACAAGGUUUACGCCUUGUCCAAUCUGAUUAUCUUCGUCGUACCAACACUUUCUUGCCACCUCUCAGUUCAGCUGAUUCUUGCUGGAACUCUUACCAAUCUUUGGUCAACGACUAUUCUGGCAACUUCGAUAUCCGACGUGCUUGUGGGAUUCAAACAUCAUGGAUCUCUCAGGGUUGUAUGAAUAUUACGACGCGUUCUGAGUUCGAGUCUAAGGUGGCUCCAGCUGCGCUUACGAACAUUAUUUCUUCGUGUAAUCAGUCGUUAGAGAAUAACUCUCCUUGUGCUACAUGUACUACUAGUUUAUCUGGUCUUGCUUCGUAUCUACCUGGCCCUUCUGCGGGGAACUUAUUCGAUUGUGCUGCUUAUCCUUCAGUUUAUGCAGCUGCUUUUGCAAAUCAGUAUGGACCUACUGAUGAAGGCACUGCAAAAUGCUUGUUUCUACUUGAUGUUACUGGUGGUGACUCGGGAAAAGGUAAGAAGAAUGUGGUUGUUAUUGUGGUGGUGGUGGUAAUUUGUGUGUUGGUUGUUGGACUUGUUGUGGUUGGUUAUUGGUUUUUGUGGCGGCGGAGGAAAAUUGGAUUGGCUAAAAAGUGGAAUACCAGGAGACUGGAGAGUAAUUUGAGUUCUCGUUUGGAUUCGAUUAGUGGAAGUACUACUCUGAUUAGGUAUACUUUUGAUGAAAUUAAGGCGGCCACGAAGAAUUUCUCCAGGAUGAAUAUAGUUGGGACAGGAGGGUAUGGAAAUGUGUAUAAGGGUGUGUUGCCGGGUGGGAUUGAAGUAGCUUUGAAGAGGUUCAAGAAUUGUUCAGUUUCUGGAGAUGCAAAUUUCAUACAUGAGGUGGAGGUUAUUGCGAGUGUUAGGCAUGUUAAUUUGGUUGCUUUGAGAGGCUACUGCACCGCGACCACCCCUUUUGAAGGUCACCAGAGGAUCAUUGUUUGUGAUUUGAUGAAGAAUGGGAGUCUUCAUGACCAUUUAUUUGGGACGAGACAUGAAAAAUUGAGUUGGGGUACUAGGCAGAAGAUUGCACUUGGCACUGCUAGAGGUUUAGCUUACCUGCAUUACGGAGCACAACCGGGUAUUAUUCAUAGGGAUAUUAAGGCUAGUAAUAUACUUUUAGAUGAGAGUUUUGAGCCUAAGGUGGCGGAUUUUGGAUUGGCAAAGUUCACUCCUGAAGGGAUGACACAUUUGAGCACUCGUGUAGCAGGGACGAUGGGAUAUGUAGCACCCGAGUAUGCUUUGUAUGGCCAGUUGACAGAAAGAAGUGAUGUUUAUAGCUUUGGAGUUGUGCUUCUUGAGCUUUUGAGUGGAAAGAAAGCAAUAAUAGAGUUUAAAGAUGGGCAGCCGACGCUUGUGACUGAUUGGGCCUGGUCAUUGGUUAGGGAAGGAAGAGCAUUAGAUGUUCUUGAAGACAACAUUCCUCAUUUAGGCCCUCCAGAAGUUAUGGAGAAGUAUGUAUUGGUGGCUGUUCUUUGUUCUCAUCCACAACUGUACGCGAGGCCAACGAUGGACCAGGUUGUGAACAUGUUGGACACUGAGAUACCUGUUCCAACCAUACCAGAAAGACCAAUUUCUCUCAUUGCUGAUCUUGAUGACAUUGAAAGGUCUGUUAGCAGUAGUGGUGGCUCAGGUAAUCUGUCAACUGCUGCAGGCUAUCAGCCUUAUAUAGUUGAGCGUGAAGCACCCCUGGCAGAUAGCGAUUCUGUCAAGGCCAGAACUUUGGAUUGCAGAUCAUGAUAGAGCUGCACAGUAUCAUUUUGAACUGCUUCCCUCGAUAGGCAUUUGAGUUGUGAUGAAUAGUUCAUUCAUUGGUUUAUUUGUCUGAAAUUUGUUUCUGAUAUAGGAAUCAGAACACUAACACAAACUGUACAGUAACUAUGCAUGUGUACUCAAACUUUUGAUUCUUAUGUAAUAGUUAGGAUGAAUAAAACAUGAUAUUUAGUACA